GUGAAAGAUCAGUUGCAUGGAGCUGUACUCGGAGAACGCUGGUCAGCACCACAGGAGGCACCACAUGUGCUGCCUUCGUUUCUUUGUGCCAUGGAUAAUAGCUUGCUCCGCGCAACCUGAGCCAAAGGAAUUGCACGUCUUGAGCAGCGCGCCCAAAGCAGUGCAGGUCUUCUGGCUGCCAGGUGACGGUCAUGGAGAUGGCGAUGUGGAGGUGGGGCAGUUGGCCGCAGCAGGCGAGCAGCCGAGCUCCUUCAGCAUCACAACCUACCCAGGUCAUGCAUUUUACUUCCAGGCUGGGCCGCAGAGAUCGAAUUCAGUCGCUCACAGCGGCGGUGAACAUGAUCUUGUGAUGCUGUCAGAAAAAGCUGGAGCGCUUUCAGCGGAAGUGCUGACCGCGGAAAAGCUGAAAAGCCUCGUCCGAGAAAUGCACCUGCAGUGCAAGGGCAGGCACGGCUACAUUUCAUGCUGUCGCACUUUCGCAAGGGAGUCCCUCGGGAUUCCUAGCCGCUUCGCAGAUAGAUACAUCGAAUCCUACUCGCCGAACAGAUGGAUGCCCAAGGACGUGGGGAGAGGCAGCAUCAAAGAGGUCAGCCCCGUGAGCCUGGGAGACGAACCUGGCGCUGUUCCAGAGGAUGAGAUGGUUGUGGUGAACAACCUGCCCGACUCCCUGGAUCUCCUGUGGGUUCCGUUCGCUGAUGAAGCAAAGCUCGAGGAGAGUACCUUCAUUAGUGAUGUACCGCCGGAGUCCUUCGUGCGCAUUUCUGGCAAGCCUGGCCAAAUGUUCAUGGCGAUGAUCCGGGGGCAAAACGAGUCCAUCUCUGCAUUUCAAUAUCCCGGCGAGCUUGCAGUGGUGCUGAUUCGGCCUCCAGAGGGGGCGCCACCGCUACGGGUAGCUGUCGCCAAUCAGGACCAGCUGAAAAUCGCUCUGAGCAACGCCGCACAGGCUUGUGACUUUGAAGAGGAGACCGCCUUUCUGGGCUGCUUCCGCUCUCGUGCCGCGCUAUCGACGGGGGAACCACUGCCGCAGGCGCUCAGCGCCGCCUGGUUCGUCAUGCUCUGGUCCUCGCUGAAGCACUGGCGCCAGUGCGUCAUUCUGCCGGACAGUAGGCCCAUUCGGCAAGUGACGCUGCAACUGGACAACGGCGAGGGCAGCAACAGGACCAUCCAGGCCAACGUGCUCCGGGAGGAGCCCUUGGUGCUCGGCAUCAAAGGACUCGCCAAGCCCGAGGAGUGCGACCAGCUGAUCAAGUCCCAGGAGGUUCUGGAGCAAGACCUGGUCAUGGCCUUUGUGAGCGGAGGGUCUACCUCCAAGCACCGGCGCACACUGUCCAAGAACCUCUACCCAGACCUGGAGGAACCUGGCAGUAUGCUGAGCAGGCUGCACAAGCGCUUCUUCCAGGUGGCACGGGGAGCAACUGGCUUCAACCUGUGGCCACCGGGACAAGAGCCCGUGAAUUGGCUGCACUACAAACCCGGAUACGAGUACCGUCCACACUGCGACGGUGGCUGUGGCCAGAGCUUGGUACCCAGCGGCAUGCGGGUAGCAUCCUCCCUGCUGUACUGCAACGUGCCGGAGCAAGGCGGCAGCACCAUCUUCACCAAAGACUCCACCAAGAUGACCCCUGCUCGGGGUGACUUCUUGUUCUUCACGUACAAGAGCGACCCGGACCACAUGUCCACGCAUGCUGCCUGCCCAGUGCUGAAAGGGAUCAAGAGCACAGCCACGCAGUGGUAUCGUGAGGGCGUCUCCGAACACUACACCUGGGAGGACGUCAAUGAUUUGGGUUAUCGUGCAAAGGGCACUGAGCUCUGACUCGACCAAGAGCGCCAAGUUUGCCAAAGACCCACCGGCUGUGCAAGUGCCAAGUUGUUGAAGCCUCGC